UCAAAAUUUUAAUUAAAUCUUAAAAUAAUAGUUAUACUAUUACAUGCAAAUUAUCAAUACAAUUUUAUUUUGUCGCAUUGAAUGACAACAUUUCGUGACAACAGGUGUAUAAUUUUUGUUAGGCAGAUAUUGCACAUAUUGUAUAUUUGGUAUGUUUGGUAUACGAAAGUCAUUUUAUUGAAGAUAAAUGAACCUAAUAGUAAUUCAUACAAUUUUUUUGGUAGUUUUAUCUAUUUGCAUUGUGAUCAUCAAUGGCGCAUGUAUUUAUGUUAUUUCAACUUCAAAACGACUUUUGCAAAAUCCCUCUAUAAUACUGAUUUUAAACAUCAUACUGAUACAUUUUUUUCAAGGAAUAAUAGUAAUGCCUUUAUAUAGUAUCGAACUUUUUAAUGGGCAUGGUUUGGUUUGUGGAGCUUACCGAUUUACAUCUAUGCUUGCAUUUUAUGGUUCUUGUUUGAGUGUUUUUUUAUUGAGCUUAGACAGAUUGCUUGCCAUUAAAAUGCUAACAGCUUACCACGUUAAUGUAACAAAAUGUCGCGUUUUAAAAUCAAUUACAUUGUGUUGGACGUAUGUAGUAGGACUUUGUCUUAUUCCUUUUUUUCCGUUUGCGAAAAAAACUUCAAGCAUUGUCAAAUGUAGCUAUAACCAACCUAAACUUUGGUCAAUUUUAAUGCUUGUUGUCAACGCGUUACUUGUGUACAUUUUUAUUGUUUUUAACUAUGUUUUAGUCAGGCAAAAAUUAAGAAAAACUAAUAUAUUAUUAAGAGAAUCAACCAAUAGUAGAAAUUCUGGUAUGAAUCAAGGUAAAUGUUCAAAACUGUUUAAAGUUUCAAAAACAACAUAUGUAAUACUAUGGUUAGUGUUAUGCUAUGCGAUCACCUGGGCACCAACUAUUGUUUAUGUACUUGUACAACGUUUAAGUCUUGCUCCAUCUAUUUUCAAUAAACACUAUUAUAAAUCGCAAAUUGGAGCAGCAAUCACCUUUUAUGUCAAGUACAUUAACUUUUUUGAUGGCAUAAUAUCACCUAUCAUUUUUUGCUAUAAUUUUCGCGCAUUUCGAUUGAAAUUUAAAAAAAUAAAUUUAAAAUGGAGUAAAUCAUCAAACAAUAGCCAAGUGAAGUUUGGAAAUUAAUACACCUAUAUAUCUUCUAGUAACUUUCCUUAUUUCUCAGCAUUAUAAGUUAUACAUAAUGCUGUUAAAUAUAUGGUCAAAUAAGUCAAAUAUUGAAUAAUUUUACAAGAUUUGAAAUAUUCUUUAAAAAAUAAAAUAUUUUAUAACACGUUUUUUUUUAAUUGUCACCAUUUCAAGAAUUUUGCAGCAAUGUUCAUUUGAUUUUACGCCCUAAGUCUGAUUGAAGCAAUGUGUUCAUGGGUUAUUUAGG